CACGCUGUCCACACAGUGACAUCUUAGACAAUUUUCCUUGGAUAUUUUAUCAAAUAUUUUCUCUUAAUCUAUUAAUACUUUCAUAUUUCUAGUGUGUCGAUGCAACUUUUCUUGCGCAGUGCAAAACGAGAAGGUCCUCCUACUGCAGUUCGCCAUAACGCGGCACGGAUAUAAACUUUGUAGCUACUAAAAGCGCAACUUUCAGCAGUUCUAAAUAACAGGUCCUGAGCCACAAGAGAGGCGCUUCUCAGCGGAAAAGUCUUCUCAGCGCUCGAGUAUGUUGGACGGUAUCAAAAUUGAAGACCAUCCGCUCCGGACGGGACCAGCCACUCUUGGAGUUAUGCUAGGCUCGGAGUGCCAUCAGCAGGCGGUGUGUGAGGGUUGCCAGCGGCCCAUAGCCGACCGCUUCCUGAUGCGCGUCAACGAGUCCUCGUGGCACGAAGAGUGUUUGCAGUGCGCCGUGUGUCAGCAGCCGCUCACCACCAGCUGCUACUCCCGAGACAGAAAACUCUACUGCAAACAUGACUACCAACAAUUAUUUGCUACUAAAUGCAGUGGAUGCCUGGAGAAGAUAGCACCAACAGAGUUUGUGAUGCGGGCAUUAGAGUGUGUAUACCACCUCAACUGCUUCUGCUGUUGUGUGUGCGACCGACAGCUGCGCAAAGGUGACGAAUUUGUACUGAAAGAUGGCCAGCUGCUGUGCAAGAGUGACUAUGAAAAGGAGAAAGAUUUGCUUGGGUCUGUUAGCCCUGAUGACUCCGAUUCAGAGAAGAGCGAGGAUGAAGAACUGGAUAUCAAGCCGGAGAAGUGCUCUGGAGGCCCGGGUAAAGGGGAUGAUGGGAAGGAUCCAAGGAGACCCAAACGACCACGUACCAUCCUCACCACUCAGCAGAGAAGAGCCUUCAAAGCUUCGUUUGAGGUGUCCUCUAAACCCUGCCGGAAGGUGAGAGAAACACUGGCUGCUGAAACAGGCCUGAGUGUCCGUGUGGUUCAAGUGUGGUUCCAGAACCAGAGAGCGAAGAUGAAGAAGUUGGCCCGAAGACAGCAGCAGCAACAGGAGCAGCAGAACUCCCAAAGGCUGGGCCAAGAGGUGAUGUCCAAUAGGAUGGAGAACAUGAUAAACUCCUACACACCACUGGCCUCUGCACAGCAGCAGAUGGUUGCCAUGGAAAAUGGCUACACUGCUGAUGCCUUCCAACAGGGCCUUACACCACCUCAGAUGCCUGGUGACCACAUGAAUCCAUAUGGAAACGACUCCAUAUUCCAUGACAUUGACAGUGACACCUCCUUGACCAGCCUAAGCGACUGCUUCAUGGCUUCUUCAGAGGCAGGCUCACUGCAGGCACGUGUUGGAAACCCUAUUGACCGACUUUACUCCAUGCAGAGCUCUUAUUUUGCAUCAUGAAAGCCAGUAUAGACAGAGAAAAACAAAUGUGGUUUGACUUAUUGCAACCCACUGCUCCCUUUAUUACAUGCCUCGGAACCAAGAACUCUCAGCAAAGACCUCUAUUAUGGAUAACGGGUUGAAAAAAGCCCAGGAUACGAACAUAGUAGAACUUAUAAACAAGCGUUCUUGAUAUUCAGUUGUGAAAAAUGCAGCUCAGGACAGCUGCUUCUCUGAGGCUGACAGUCUUUUUUUUAGAAGUGUUUGUACAAUGCUUUCACAGAAGUAGCACGACUUGUCAACAUCCACCUAUGGUAGAAAAGACCAACAAUUGAAAGCCCUGAAGCCCGAAACCUCAGUCCACAGCAUCCUGCCAUGGAAGGCUGAAGAUCAAGACACAAAUCUCACAAUGCAUGAAGUCAUAUUCUUUGUGAACAUGGCAUUGAAAAAAGAAAAUCUUUAGAAAAUACCUGAAAAAAUCUUGUGUUGUUGAGAUGUUUAAAUGUGAUGUUUGGACUCUCUCAGUUUUUUUAUUUUUUUUAUUUUUAUUUUUUAUGUUCAGCAUUGCAUUUUUAUCACUUUAAUAGAUUUAGCUAUGAAAGUGGAGUUAGAAUUUGUAGAGGGAAGAGGAAUGUAUAGUGACAGUGUACAUGCUUGUGUGUGUGUGUGUGUGUGUGUGUGUGUGUGUGUGUGUGUGUGUGUGUGUGUGUGUGUGAGCGAGAGAGUGAGCGAGUGAGUGAGUGAGAGAGUAAACGUUUGAUGUAGUCACCUCUCUGUAUGUGUGUUGUGCUUCAGUGUGUUAUAGUUUGAAAGACAGUAAGAGACAGACAGCAAAAGCUCUAUCCUUGUGUAAAUAUAUGUUCCAGAACAAAUCAGCUGUGCAUGUUCAAAUGCAGAACAUUCUAUUUAUUUAACUAAACCAUGCUCUUGAAGGUACUUAAGUAACUGAAAAGCUUUAUUUAAAAAGGAGAAUAUCACAUUAAGUAGUUCAAGCAUUAUUAUCAUGGCUCACAUGUGUAACACUUAAUAAUUAAAUAUAUCCCCCUUUUCAGCUUAGAUGUAUAUCAGCAAAUGUGUGCUAUUUAUUUGUAAUAUGCCCAGAACCAGGGCUUCUCAACCAGUUCCGGGGACCAACUGGCUUGGCAUGAGGAUUUCCUAACUGUGAUUCAGCUAAUUAUUAAGCUGUUCAUCAGCUGGAUCAGGUGCGUUGGCAGUUACUAGAUGUUGGAACACCGUGUAGUUCAGUUGGUUCCCAAAUUGGAGGCUGAGAAACCCUGCCCAUAGACAUUGACUAAAUGUAUUUCCAAAUGUGAACACUGCUAAAUUACCAAAGUUUGUUGGUAUAAUGAAUAAACUCUGUUUCUCCUGA